CUCGGUAGUCCCUGUGACCCAUGAGAACAUGACUGCAGGAUGAUUGGGAACAAAUGAUGUUUUCACUGGUAGUUUCUGUUUACUGGAGGGUGUGUCAUAUUAGAGCAGAUGCAAAUCCAACACUUUUCUGGAAGAAAAGCAGCAGAAUGUCAAGAAGUAGCUGCACUGUGUUUUUGUUGGUUGUUUCUAUGCUUUGGGGGACGCCUCAUGUCAAAGCAGAUACUGAGACCUUCUGCAUUUUCAUGAAGAGCUGCAUUUUACCAUGCAGCUUCCAAGGUGGCUCUGAUGUGUUCAUCCACUGGUUUCAGCUGGCAGCAGGACGACCUCUGGUCCACUCAUACUACGAUAAUAGUGAUCAGCUGGGAAACCAGAACCAGAACUUCAGAGGCAGAACGUCACUGUUUAAAGAUCUGAUCUCCAGAGGAAACGCCUCACUGCUGCUGACAGGAGUGACAGUUGAGGAUCAGAGCAGAUAUAAAUGUCACUGCAGCGCCGUCAGUGGGAACAAGGAGACCUUUAUUCUACUCGGAGUGGACGCCCCAGUCUCUAAAGUCAGCAUCUCUCAGGUGGGAAACAGAAUCAUCUGCAGCUCAGAGGGGAUCUACCCUGAACCUGAACUCACCUGGUCCACCAUCCCUCCAUCCAACACCACCCUGCAGAACAGAACCACAGUCCAGAGGACUGUAGAGAAGCUUUACAGCAUCAGCAGCUCUCUGAUGGUUUCAGAUGAUGAUCCUGGUCUGAUCUACAGCUGCACCAUCAGCACUCGGAGGAACAACAGGAGAGCUACUCUGAGGCAGCUAAGUGUGAUCAGUUCCAGCGGACAGACGUCCCUCUCCUGCUCUGACUCUAACAUUUCUGUAACAAAUCUUCUCUGGAAAUUUAACCACAAUCAGAUAAUUGUGAACCAGACCAGUCAGAACAGAGACAUGGUGUCAGAGGAGUGGAAACAUCAUGUGAAGGACAUAUCAGAGUCCGGCAGACUGAGUCUUCAGGGUUUAUCUCCACAACAGGAGGGAAUUUACACCUGUGAGCUCAGCAAUGAGGAAGAAACCUACAUAACCAGCACCUUCCUAAAGAUAGAGGAGGAUCAAGGAGGCACAAAACACAUCCCAGGUGUCCUCAUCUGUGUUGGAGGAGCAGCAGUCGCAGCAAUAGUUGCUGUUCUGUACAUCUGUUGUAAAAAGAAAAAAGCUCUACAGGACAUCAGCUAUCAGGAGGCGAUGCAGUGGUGCAUUGCCCUGAUGGAGGCGAAGCGAGGGUAUGCCCAGGUCCGCACCCUCCGGGCCUCCCUCAGACACUGCAGUGAUCUGGUCCCAUCCUGGUGGUUGACAUGGAACACUGCCGAGGUGCUGUCCGUCCUGACGAGCACGUGCUUGCCCUCGAGAAAGGGCGAGAAGUGCCUUAGACCCCAAAUAAAUCGUCUAGAGCUCCAGGACCUUGAUGUGCAGACUUCCCUCCUGAGGCCCCCACAGCCACUGGACGCACCUGCACUGCCACACUGCUCCCCAUCCGAGAGGACCUUUGACGUCGCCCGAUCCGUCCCGCCGGAGGAGGGGGCACAGAUGAGCCAGUCGUCCAAAUAUGGCAGGAUCUUUAAUCCUGAAAGGGCACAGACCGCCUUCAUGCACCUUGUGAAAAUCCGACGGGCUAAAGAAAGGCCGAAUGGCAGGACCGAAAACUCAACCCCGCAAGGUGGUGCCCAUUCCACCCCGGGCUGCCGCCAAGCUCCUGCCACAGCUUCGCUGCGCAAACUGUGCGGGAGUGGCGGUUCAAAACUGACGCUGCGGGUCCCGCACGUCACGUCUCCUGGGUUGCGGAGCAGGGGGUCCCAUGGCCCCGCUGCGACCACCCCAAGCUUCAGGGGCCUGGCUGGACUGCCAACGGCACUCCAGUGCGCUCUCGGCCUCUGGUCCAAAGAGCUGGCCCGGUACCACCGGCAGCCUCCGCAAGCUCUGCCUACAGUCAUCCGAGAUCGGGGCCGUUGCCAACCAGACCUGGCGUCGGGUGACCACCAGAGUGGACAAAAGGUGACCGAGUUCCCUGGACAUGAGUCCAAAGGCCUGGAGGGCCGCGUCAUUUGUGUCGCCCAGUGCUGCUCCCACCAUGCCCGGCUGCAGCAUCUGGGACUGUGCCAACAGGAGGACAGAAAGGGAAUUGCCAAUACGUGCCAUACGAGCCGCAAUGUCGAUCCCUCCAGCAGCGCUGAAGCUCUUCCAAGAAGGCCGGUGACGGUGGCCCCUCGAACGGAGGGGCCGCCGGAGUCCGGCGAAAAAAUAGGUUUCCCAUUGGCCAGGCCACGGGUGCAUCGUCCAGAUGUUACAGAGGUUUCCUGCGUCUUCUUGGAGAGCUGCGUCUUACCCUGCAGCCUCCACAGCUACGGUGAUGAUGUCUUCCACUGGUUUUACGUAACUACAGGGGAAAUUCAUGUCCACUCAUUUUAUCACAACCAGGACAAGCUGGGACACCAGGACCAGAACUUCAGAGGCAGGACGUCACUGUUUAGGGAUCAGAUCUCCAGAGGAAAUGCCUCCCUGCUGCUGAGAGGGGUCAAGGUUCAGGAUAAAGGAUCAUACAAGUGCUACACCAGCACUGUUCAUGGGAACAAGCAAACCUUUGUGAACCUUAAAGUGGACGCUCCAGUCUCUAAAGUCAGCAUCUCUCAGGUGGAAAACAGGAUCAUCUGCAGCUCAGAGGGGAUCUACCCUGAACCUGAACUCACCUGGUCCACCAUCCCUCCAUCCAACACCACCCUGCAGAACAGAACCACAGUCCAGCAGACUGAAGAGCAGCUUUACAGCAUCAGCAGCUCUCUGAUGGUUUCAGACAGUGGUUCUGACCUGAACUACAGCUGCACCAUCAGCACUCGGAGGAGCAAGAAGAGAGCAGCGUUCAGGAAACUAUCUGCCAGCGUUUCCAGCAGUGUUGCGACCAUCCCCUGCUCUGCUUCAAACUCUUCCCUCCACAACUUCACCCUCACCUGGAGGUUCAACCACAGUCAGGUCAUCGUCCACCAGGUGGAGACCAGCUCCACGUUCACAGCUUCAGAGAGGUGGAGCAAACAUGUGAUGGAUGUUUCAGCGUCUGGCAGCCUGACGUUACAGGAUUUAUCCUCCAAUCAGGAGGGAGUUUAUACCUGUGAGCUCAGCGAUGAGGAGGGGACACUCAUCACCAACAUCCUGCUGAAGAUAGAGAACGGAGGGUCCAGUAGUGUUGCAGUAACCGUCUCAGCUGUGCUGACAGUCAUCGUUUUAGCUGCGUUGCUCAUAGUCUCCCUGCUGAUCUAUAAACAGAGACAACAAGAACCAGAACCCCUGCAUUUGUUUCCAUCAGGAGGAGCAGCUGCAACCACCAUGCAGGACACACAAACAUCAGCAUGUUACAUUUCUGCAGCUCCAUCCAGAGAAGCUGAAGCUGAAGCUGAAGCUGAAGCUGAAGGUAAAGCUGAAAGUGAAAAUGAAGAUCACCCAGGAGAACUUUGACCACAUUCUGGCUUCACACCAAAAUGAAAUCGACACCAGCAAAAGCUUCCUGAUUGUCUGACACCUUUAGGUCUUUAGAUCUUAGAGGUCUACUGGGGAUUUGUGGAUGUAAAAGCUUGUGUGGUAACCAUUUAUACAUUUAAAAACUAGCAGCACAAUCUUAACCACAAUUCUAAAAGAAUCGGGCCGCCAGUGGAGGGAAGACAAAAUCUGGGUCGCUUUCCUGUCGUUAGGAGGACAGGAAGGAGACCAAAAAGCCCAGAAAAACUGAGUCAGGCAUACCAAGCACAGAUUGCACAAAGGUGCAAUCUGCAACGGCUCGGUCAGGAAAAACUCACAGCUUAACACUGAGCCUGGAAUCCUUUCUAUGCAAAGAAAAAAUAAAAGAAGUUCUUGGUUUCCACUGUCGACUGGUGCGUGCUAAGGUUGAGGAAUUAGAUGAAAACGAUGCAAUUAUUGCAGUAUUUGCGAUUAUUCCCCCCAUAAAAAAACACUGCAUGCAUGUUAGGCUACCUGGCUGCUGUGAAGUGCUCUCAGAUGUGUUUUCUGGUUGCCUGGUGUUAUGUCCUUUUUAUCUUUGUGUUGCCCUCUGAUGGUGACCGGACCAGGGUGUCCAGGAUUUAAACCCAAUACCUUCUUGCUGCAUGGCAGCAGUGCUAACAGCUCUACCUCUGUGACUCAGAGUUAUCGGUGCUAAAUUGUAAACCAUGCAUAGAGUGUGAAUAAGGACCACGGCUCAGGAUGUCUCCCAGCAUUAACACUAGUUAGCUCUAAGCAUUAACAUAGAGCUGGUGUUACCUGAGCAGGUUAAAUCAGGUGUUUUAAAAGUUGUUUUUUUUUACAGAACAGAAGAAGUUGCCUUAAAGAAAAAAGUACUGAGGCUUUAACUUCAGCACAAAAAGGCAACUUUGGUAGAACGAGCAAAAAACUAGCAGUGAUGGUAAAUGGGCUUCAUUUCUACACUACAGUCAGUCAUCCAUCCAUAUUUGUAGAUUGGAUUUGAACAGAGUUCAUAACACCCUGCAGAUACAUCUACAAUCUGUACGUCUAUGUAUGCUCCUUGUUCACUCCUAAUCUUUUAAGGCGGACAUGGCUGGUUUUUCCUUUUCGGAAGGUUUUCUUUGGACUUUGGUCGAUUUUUCACUCAUUUCAAGUCACCAUAAUCUGGGACUUCUGCUGCAGUUAAACUGUGAUGUUAUGUAGAAACUCUACUACCGUAGAUGAAGACACAUAUCUGUAUGAGAACAUUUGUACGUCCAUAAUUCUAGCAAUAAAGUCGUUUAAUCCUUGUAUUAUUUUCACCAACACUGAUAUAUUGAUUUGUUUCCCACACCUUUAGACAGCAGUGUGUUCAGUGUUCUCCAUGAAGUCUUAGAUGAUUUACAAUCAUGCAUUGUAAAUCUGAGCAGGUGAAGAUUAUGGGCUGUCUAAAUGUUAAAUCUUUGUAAAAUGUAAAAUCCUGAAAUGUGCUGUUAAUAACCUGUUUUCUGCUUCAGGCUGCAGGGUUCUGACUUCCUGCUUUAAAUCUCUUCCUUUGCAUCUGAAGGAAGUGGCAGUGCGGCUUCAUGAACCUCUGCUAUCUGGAGACAUGUUUAUUUUUUAAAUUUGCCUUUAGAUCUGAAGCCCUUUGAGCUGCAAGCAUAGAAACAUAUUUCUGUAAAACUCUGUAGUAGAAUAAACACUAAUAAACCACUGAUAAAGUCUGGAUCAGGAGCAUGUUGCUCUGAGUUUUGUAUCCCUACAAAAUAUAUUUUUAACAAAUUUUCUAAUUGACAUAGACUGUGAAUAGAAAGUGUUGCUCAGAUGUUGCCUCAUUUGAAGUUGUCUGUUGAUGUCAUGUGUCUGUUUAGAAAUACAAUACUAAACCAAA